CAAUCCCAAACAUCACCGAAAAAUCAGUACUCUGUAACCCCAAAGCAAUGGAGAAGGGUGGCGGUGGCGGUGGUGGUGCAGCCCCCACCGGGUGCUACAAGUGUGGCCGUCCAGGCCAUUGGUCCCGGGACUGCCCUUCCAACCCUAACUCCAACCCCAAUUCAUCUUCUAAUGGCAAUUCUAAAACCACAGGGUAUGCUUUCAAGGCCGGUGGUGGUGGCGGCGGUGCUUCGAUUGCAAAGCCAGCCCAGAAGCCCAAGAAAGUUCCGAGAUCGAGACCAAAGCUUACUCCGGAGCUUCUUCUCUCCGACGAUGGACUCGGUUACGUCCUUCGGCACUUUCCUCGCGCUUUCAAAUAUCGUGGCCGAGGACAUGAGGUUAGCGAUUUGGGGAAUCUACUUGGCUUGUAUGCUGAAUGGCAUUCACAUUUGCUUCCAUACUACUCAUUUGAUCAGUUUGUCCACAAGGUUGAACAAGUUGGUGCCACAAAACGUGUCCGGCUGUGUAUCAAAGAAUUGCGAGAGAAAGUUGCGAACGGUGGGGAUCCAACCAAGCUACAGGAACCUCCAGUUCAACAUGAUGUUUCAAAUCAUGAACAAGGUACCUCAUAUGUUGGUUACUUUGUAAUGUUUGCAAGGCUCUGCUGA